CAAACUGGCAUAAACAAAGUAGUUGUCGUGCGCAAUGUAUCGUCUUACAGUCCUCGCAGUUCUGCUGACCGUGGUCAAUGGUCAUUGGUGUCAUCGAGGAGGUUGUUCGAGGGGCCAUCCUCCUCAUAACUUCCAUCAUCAUCAUCAUCAUCCGUGGCAUCAUCAACAUGGUCCCGAUUUCCAGUUCGACAUGAUCGCAAACAAUGUGAUUCAAUGUGACGAAUCGUACCAAGAAUAUUGCAAAGCCCACCCCAAUGUAGCUCUGGAGACGUAUGGACCAGACGGCUACACUUUAAAAUACAAGCUACCAGGCUUUGAUGAAAAGAGUAUGUCAGUGCAGAUAAAACAUAGAGUUGUAUCUGUUAAAGCAACGAAGGGGACAGAAGUGUUCCAAGACGUCAAGGCCCUGUCUGGUAUACUGAAAAUGGAGGACGCGAAAUGGUAUCACGAAGACGACUCUUUAGUAGUUUCUGUUCCAUAUAAGGUAGCAAUAGGCACUGAAACAACUAUUCCAUGUGGUGAUAAUAUAAAUAAAGAAGUUCAGAAUGUUGUACAGAUUGAGCCACCUCUUGACAUUGACAGUUUGUAUAGAAAUGCGGUUAACGGAUUGCCUGCAUUAAAUUUUUCACCUAAUAAUAAUUUAGCUAAAGUAAAUAAUAAUUAAAGUGAAAAUAAAUGUUUGAUUUAUGUUGAAAGAGCUAGCUCGACUGAAAUAAUUGAUAGAAUUAAGAAGACACUACAUUCUCUAAAUUGUUAUGUAUUAUUAUUAAUUGCAUUUCUUUAUAAAACGUUAAAAACUAAUGUGAAAUAUUGAAUAUUAUAAAGUUUUUUUUUAAGUUGAAAUAAAAUGUUUCUCUUUUGUAAUCUUCUUAUGUUUGAUGUAAGUAAUGUUAAUGAUCAACUAGUUUAUGGAUUGAAAAACGCGACUAUAACGUCAAAAUAUAAUGUGUGUUCGAUUCUGCUACUAGAAAAUAAUAAACAAAAAUAAACUGCAUAUUAUAAUAUUAA